GCGACGAGCGGCGGGGCGGGGGCUGUCGCCGUCGCCGCCGCCGCCGCCGCUGUCAGUUCCGGCUGCAGGUCGAGGAGCCGAUCCGGCCUCGGCGCCGCCUGAGGAGACCCGGCCUUCUCGCCACGCCGGGAGCGCCCGCCCCCCCGGAGCCCCCCAGGAGCCCCCCAGCGGCCAUGGCCCGGGACUACGACCACCUCUUCAAGCUGCUCAUCAUCGGCGACAGCGGUGUCGGCAAGAGCAGCUUGCUGCUACGUUUUGCAGACAACACUUUCUCAGGCAGCUACAUUACAACAAUUGGAGUAGACUUCAAAAUUCGGACAGUUGAGAUUAAUGGGGAAAAAGUCAAGCUACAGAUCUGGGACACUGCCGGACAGGAGCGUUUCCGGACUAUCACAUCAACGUACUACAGAGGGACCCACGGGGUCAUUGUGGUUUAUGACGUCACGAGCGCAGAAUCUUUUGUGAAUGUCAAGCGGUGGUUGCACGAAAUAAAUCAGAACUGCGAUGAUGUUUGCCGGAUACUAGUUGGCAAUAAGAACGAUGAUCCAGAGCGGAAAGUGGUCGAGACGGAAGACGCCUAUAAAUUUGCUGGGCAGAUGGGGAUCCAGCUGUUUGAGACCAGUGCCAAAGAGAACAUUAAUGUGGAAGAGAUGUUCAACUGCAUCACGGAGCUGGUUCUGCGGGCGAAGAAGGACAACAUAGCGAAGCAGCAGCAGCAGCAACAGAACGACGUGGUGAAACUCACAAAGAACAGUAAACGGAAGAAGCGGUGCUGCUAACGGCCUUCCCUGGCAGCAGAGACUGGGUGCGCCAGCAGCCCCACCCUCCCAGCCUGGUGCAGGCGGUUCCACGGGACUCUCCCCACCAUGUGCUGUUAUUUAAAGGAGUUCCUUCCGCGGUCUCGAUCAGGAGGCACCUUGCCAUGACAGUGCCAAGAAAAGGAUGGGAUGGAGGCAGUUCCACCUGUCCCUCUCCUUCCUAGGGUUUCUUCCCGCCCCUCUCCAAGAGCAUCUCGUAGACAACAAUGACUUUGCCUACCAAGGGGACUUAAGAGUUUGUACAUAAUGUAUAUUUGGCUUUAACCAACUGCCCCUCCCUCAUGUUGCUUGGGCUUCUGCCUGCUCAGUAUCAGCCAAUCAUGAAUUGUUCAGAACUCUUUUUUUUUCUUGCUUGCUUUCCUUCUCCAGAAAUACAGUCCAAUGACCCUCAAACAGCAGGCUGCCCUUCUUGGCAUCCAUUGUUCUUCAGCCUUCGUUAGCCUUGAAGCGAGGAGCGGGUCCUUGGUUAUCAUCUCAUUUCAAACUACCUUGAGAACCUUUUGAAUCCUUUUCCUAGACUCUGGAAUAAUCAAUAUUCCCACAGCUCUCUCCUUCCAUCUCUGUUCUUCAUUUCCCUUCUUCGAGGGAAGGGAAGGCCCCACUUUUGUAGCCCAAAGGCAUUCAGACCUUCAUGGCUGAGAAGAGUUAGGAUUAAAACUUGUAUUGUCCUCCUGGUAGUGUUACUGGCCUUGCAAGAGCUUCAGAACGAAAAUCAUUUCUCUCUUUUUCUUUUUCUUUCUUUCUUUUUUUUUAAUAAGCAUGUAUCAUUCUGUACCCAGGUAUGAAGUGUGAACUCUGAAAUGCGCUUCCGAUGGGAUAAUUCUUAGUGGUUCUCCUCUUGCCCUCCCCCCAACCUUUUUUUCCUUUGAAAGCUGGAGAAUUUGGGAAGGGAUGGCUGGGCGUUUUUCCAUUUGUACUCUAUUAGGCCGAAAGCUGUCUCUUGGGCUUUGAAAAAUUGGAAGAAGCCACCCAUUCCAGCUGCUGAGGAGUGAGUGAUUCUUCUAAUUAAGUUAAAAUAAGUUAAUAUGAGCUUCAGUCAGGAAAUAACCAGCAUUCAGCUUCUCAGCCUUGAUUUGACCCCCACAGAGCAUAUCAAGAUGGCCAAGGUUAUAAAAAAGGCACACAAUCCUCAGAUCACAGUGAAUUCCCUCCCUUUGUUGCCCCGGCCUCUAACAAUGAUGGUGCUCAUGUUAAGAGAGGACCAUCAGUAUCGAUCCUUGGACUCCAAAUCAUGCAAGAAGGGCUCAGUGAAAACCCCCUGUUUAUUGUUUGGCUUGCCUUUAAGAAGAGAAGCAUCCAAGCCCCAGUCCCAGGGGCUUUCUCACUCAAAAUAAAGAAGCGACGGGUUUCCGCCAGCAGAAGUGUGUCGUCCUCCGUUCCAGCAAGCCGCCUUUCACCGUCAAGCGCUCUCUGCAUUUCUUUUAAGAUGCUUCUGACUUGCCGAAGGACAGUUCACGCACUGAGCAAUUCAUGAUUUAGAAGGAACGCCAGCAGUGGAAGCCUGUAGAGAUGACAGCAGGGAUGGGGAUUGACAUGGGUGUGGGCUGAAGCAAUGGUGGAUUCUCACGGAUGGGCAUUUUCUCAAAAUACGUUGGCCUCUAGUGAACCGAUGGAAUGGGGUGGGAUAUUGGCUAAGCCUGGCAUCCAGGUUCUUCCUCUGGAAGAGAGGGAUGUUUUCUGAAUCUUUUAGCAACAUCCCCCCCUGCCCGUCUUUGCCUGAGGCUGCUAGCCAACCUCCAGGUGUUGUGAGUGAAAGGGGAAAAGUGGUGGAUGGGGUUGGGGAAGGGGAAGGCUGCAUCUUUAGCAGUGCUGAUGUCAAGCAGUGAAAGGCCUAACUGGUUUGCUUAGAUGAUUUCUGUACAUUGAAACUUUCUAAUUAUGCUUUUUAAAUAAUUUUAAAAAACUAAAAAUAAAGGUGCCAAGCUGCCAUA